AUGAAAUAUCUUCUUGCAGCGUCUUCCCUCGCUCUGGCGUCAACAGCGCUUGCUCAGCGCACCUUUACUGUGUACAAUGCAUGUCCUUUCACCAUGUGGCCUGCAAUGUUCACGAGCGUUGGGACAUUGCCUAGCUACACGACUGGCUGGGAGGCUGGCGAGUAUACUGCGGUCACCUUCCAGGUCCCAAGCACCUGGAAUGGACGAAUCUGGGGACGUCGUGACUGUGACUUCACCACCGACCCCGGCCCGAACUCUUGCCUUGACGGUGGUUGCAAUGGGGGACUGGUGUGCGACCCCACCACUGGCACAGGUGUCCCUCCCGCCACCCUUGCAGAGUUCAAUUUGGAUGCAGGGGGCACCGACUACUAUGACGUAUCUCUUGUCGACGGUUAUAAUUUGCCCGUCAGUGUCACAAAUAAUGUUGGAUGUGGGAUUCCAAGUUGCCCUGUGGACCUAGGGCCUGACUGUCCGGCACCUCUCCAAGGCCCUUAUGACUCCACCGGCUUCCCUGUUGGGUGCAAGAGUGCAUGCGAUGCUGACCUCGAUGGUGACCCAACAAACUCCCCCAACUGCUGCACUGGCCAGUAUGACACACCUGCUACGUGUCCUUCAUCAGGCGUUGAAUACUAUAGCUACUUCAAGGAUAACUGCCCCAACGCAUAUGCUUAUGCAUACGAUGACGCAACUUCUCUAUUCACUUGCGAAGCUUCUCUCAAUGCUGAGUUCACAAUUACCUUCUGCCCACCAGGCUGA